UUUUGUGAGAGAGAGCGUGUGAGAGGACUGGGAGCGCGCUUGAAGGAAACGGGGAAAAUUUCGCUGAGUAACUCCGCAAACUUUGCGACUGUUCGUUAAGUAAAGAGAAAACUUUCAGUCUCGCGUUUCUAUCUUCAUUAUCUACACGUAAAGCGGAGCUUUAUCCAAGGCAAACGGUUGUGUGUAAGGAGUUUAUGCGCAAGAGGACAGAAUGACCACUGGAUCUUUGUGCAGAUUGUGUGCAGUUUUCUGUUGUGUGUUGACUGUGCUGCCAGCAACCACAGCUGAUACAGCAGAGAAGCAGGUGACUGGACGGCGGUCUCGUCAGGCAGAGGAGGAGGGGCUUGAAGGAGUGUGGGGUCCAUGGAGUGAGUGGGUGGAGUGUUCUCAGACUUGUGGUGUGGGUGUGUCCGAGAGGAGGAGACACUGCAUGCCACCCACCCCCCUUGUGUGGAACAGACCUGCUUACCCAGGUGUCAUCUCAGCUGUCAGACCCUACUACAACUCUUUGUAUCCUAAUGAGCCCCCUCCAUAUGGGGCGGGGGUUGCUGAGCAGCCUCCAUUUUUUUCUCCACCUAACCCAGCCAAUCAGAAUCCUACAUUACCCCUCUACCGAAAUGAAGCUGGUGGUGCCGGGCCAGCACAGUUUGACCCAUCCAGUCAGGAGCCAGUUUCAGUUUACCGCUCGCCUUCAUUUCCUGCCUCAUCUUCAUCAUCUUCUUCUCUUCCGUAUGGAAGAAUUCCUGGACGGACAUCUAGUCAAGGUGCGGGACGAAGUGUGGGCAGCGGCAGCAGGAGGUCUAGUUCUUCUAUUCGCCCCGGACAGUUUGGUUAUGGCAGGGUCCCUUUCUCGCUCCCCCUGCACAGACAAAACCGUCACGUGCGCCACACGCGCCACCACAACGGCACCACCACAGAUAGUCCUGAUGUUCUAGACGUAGAUCCCAACACACGGGAAGACAAAACAGAGGAAGAUGCAGAAGCAAGCAUUACAGACGUUACCAAGAUUAACAAAGAAGAAAAAGAGAAGUGGAAAAGAGAAAAAGACAGGGAAGAAAGAGAGACACAAGCCGUUACUGUGACUACAGAGAGGGGUGAUGAUGCAGCAGAAAGACCAAGUGAUGCAGAGACGCCCAGACGACUGGAAAGAAUGAGGGGACGAGAUAGAGUCGCCCAUUUCCAAUCUUUGACCCAGAGACAAAGCCAUACGCAUGUGGCCCGUGACAGACGCGUCGACAGCCGGGCUUCUCGCCAAGUCCCGCACUCCUACUCACACACUAUCCAUAGAGCACAAACUCCCAGAGAGCCUUCCUCGUACAGCCUGCCUCUACCCCACAUCCAAACUCCCACAAACUCCAACCCUGAACCCUGGGUCCUGCAAAACGGUUCUCAGCCACCCAGAAACGAGGCCGAGAGGGGAUUGGGACAUCCAGCGCACAGUUACAAAUGCUCUGGGAAGGACAGAGAAUACCGCAGGUGCAGCUUACAGGCAUGUCCAGGUGCUCCAGUGAACCCCCGGGCUGAGCAGUGUGCAGCAUUUAACAGACAGGAGUUUAUGGGACGUGUGUAUGACUGGGAGCCUUUCACAGAAGUGGGCCUCGAGCAACAGUGUGAGUUGACCUGUCGACCCGUCCGCUACCGUUUCUACGUCCGCCAGGCGGAGAGGGUACGAGAUGGAACUCCGUGUGCAAACAACACACCCAAUGAUGUGUGUGUGGGAGGCCGCUGUCUGAGCGAGGGUUGUGAUGGUGUGUUAGGUUCAGGGUUGCUUCGGGAUCGCUGUGGUGUGUGUGGAGGUGAGGAGGGAACCUGCGAGAGGGUCUCAGGAAGUUUUAUGAACACGAGCGUUCCACUGGGUUACCACAAAAUCUUGGAUAUCCCACCCAGAGCCACGGCUAUCAACAUCACUGAGAGACGAGCCAGCCCCAACUACCUGGCCCUGCGCAGUGGAACGGGUCAGUCUGUUGUGAACGGACGGUGGGCAGUCGAUCCGCCAGGCGAGUAUCAGGCCGGGGGGACCACCUUCCUUUACAGUCGCCCGAAAACUGUUCCUCAGGAGCAGGGGGAAGAGAAAGGAGAGUCUCUCACUGCACCUGGACCCACGACAGCCCAACUGCAGUUAUACAUUAUUUUCCACAGGCAGAAUCCAGGCAUAGACUAUGAAUAUUACAUCCCAGUGGAGAAACCGAGAGAUGGAGAGAGAGAAGUACACAGAGAAAAGGACCAAGGAAGAGGGGCACUCAGAGAAAUCAGUGCUGUUGAGAACCCUGCUGGUUUUUCUCCUGUUUCCUCUUCAACGCAGUUUUCUUUCUCUUCCUCAUCAUCUUCCUCCACAUCUGAUCGAUGGCCGGCAGAGAGGCCCCGCCCACCAGGCACAGGAUCCAAUCGUAACGCCCGGAUCCCUCCCCGCACAGACCUCCCAUUGGACAAUCAGCCUCCGUUCGUGUGGCGCAGAGGUGCUCUGUCAGAAUGUUCAGCCACCUGCGGCAAAGGCUCCCAAUAUAGAGAGAUUGUGUGUGUGAACAGACACACAAAUCAAGAAGUCCACGACAGAAGGUGUGACUCCGCAGCCAAACCUGCCCCAGAAGAGGAACCAUGCAACAUCCAUCCAUGCCCACCAUUCUGGGACAUGGGGCCAUGGUCAGAAUGCAGUGUCUCGUGCGGCAGGGGCGUGCAGCAGCGGCACAUACAGUGCAGGCAGAGUUUCGGGAAUCGCUCUACAAUGGUUCAUCCUCAGCGAUGUGCUAGUCUCACCAGGCCCAACUCCACUCAGUCCUGCAACCUGCGAGUCUGCUCCCACUGGGAGAUCAGCACCAACUGGAGCACGUGCUCAGUGGAUUGUGGAGUGGGAAAGAGAACCAGGAGCGUACGCUGUGUCAGUGAUCAUGGAAGUGAUGUCAGUGAGAGGGAGUGCAAUGACAGGCUCCGCCCACAACAAUCGGAAGACUGUCAAAUGGGACCCUGUGUCUCAAACUGGUACUUCACGGAUUGGACAAACGCUUGUUCUGCAUCAUGCGGUCCAGGUGUCCAGCGGAGAGAUGUGGUGUGUUUGUCUAGAGGAGGGAGGAGAGAAGGAGAUGGAGGAGGAGAUUGUGUGGAGGACAAACCGGCCGAUAUGAAGGCCUGUAACGGGGGUCCCUGCACACCCACCAACCUUUGGUACACCGGACAGUGGGGACAGUGCAAUGCUGCGUGUGGGAAUGGAACCCAGCGCAGGGACGUCAUCUGCGUAAAAAAGACAGGAAGUGACUUCACAGUGACCAGUGCCAGAGAGUGUUUACACCUGGAGAAACCGUCCCCAAUUCAGCCGUGUGAACUACAGCCCUGCAAACCGCAGUGGUUCACAACCGAAUGGACCUCGUGUUCUCAAUCCUGCGGCGAUGGCAUGCAGACUCGUGAGGUACGCUGUCUGACUGUGGACAAACAGCAAAGCUCAGCCUGCAACCUCGAAUCCAAACCUGCACACGAACAAUCUUGCAACACAAUACCCUGCAGCCCCUUUGAAGAUGAGAACUGUAAAGACAGACGACAUAAUUGUGUAACUGUGGUUCAGGCUCGACUUUGCGUCUACUCUUAUUACAAGACCGCCUGCUGCGCUUCCUGUACACAGAGUGCCCAGCGGGCCAAAAGACAAUGACACUACAAGGGUUAAAGGUCAAACAGAUGUCGACCUAGCGCUUACUGAGAUUAACUACAGGCCAAUCAGAGCCUAAACCUAAGCCAAUCAGUGAUUCGUUUGUAGAAAACAUAAAAAAAUUGCCAAUCAGAGCCUACAUCAAAUCUAAAUGGAAUGAACUGAGAUUAGAUCUGGAACCCUUUAAAACGAAAGUUCAAAACAUGGGUUCAUUAGGAACGACUUCAUCGAGAUCUCUGCACAACAGUAGCUUUAUUACCAGUGAUGAAGAUUCACCAGUGCUUGGACUGUUUAGUACACUAUACUAUCAGUGAGGAUGCCAAACACCUUUAACUAAACAAAUGCACUGAUGUCACAGGUCCAUUUUCUGGACACUUAUAUGAAGAUAAUAAUAAUCUCUUUGUCACACACAUGUCACAUGAAGUGUUUCACAAGAUAAUCGACAGAAUUUAAAGAAAUAUCACGGGUAUUUUGUUUAAUAAGCAGGAACCCAAAAAAAAAAUUCUGUCACUCACCUUUGACUUGUUCCAAAUCUUUAUUAAUUUCUUUGUUCUGUUUAACGCAGAGAGACAUUUGGAAGAAUGCAUAUAACCAAAGAGAUAUUGCCCCUCAUUGAGUCCCAUAUACAAUGGUAGUCGGAAGUGCCCCAGGACUGUUUGCUGUCCUACAUUCUUCAAAAUGUCUUUUGUGUUCAAUGUGUGGGACUCAAUGGGGUGCAAUAUCUGUUUGGUUAGAAGCAUUAUUCCAAAUAUCUUUCUCUGUAUUCAUCAGAACAAAGACAUGUUUACAGAUUUUGAACAACUCGAUGAUGAGCAAAUGAUGACACAAAUUUAUUUUUGGGUGAACUAUCCCUUUAAGAAUACCAGAUUCUACAAACAUAUACACUUUUGCUGCCAUCAAGUCAUGUCAGAAUGAUUAUUUGCGAGAUAAACACACAAGAAUGUCGCAAACAAAACUUGACUCAAUCUGAGUUGGGGGUGUGGCAAUCUUGUGCAAAGAAAGGUUUUCCUGUAAAUUAACUGUCAAUAUUUUUUAUAAAUAUUUGAAAAUAUAUAAAAUAAUACAUUUCAAUAUUACAAUAUAAUGAAUAUAAGGAAUUUUGCUUUUCAUAUAUUAAAAAUAAGCACUUGGUUCCAAUAUAUGGAAAUGUAUUAUUUAAUAUAUUGCAUAACGUUUUCUAGUAUAUUACCAUUUAUUAUGGUUUCGUGAGGGCAAUUAAAGAAUCUUGGAGGAAGCAAAUUGCUAUUGCUGAGUUUUAGUUGUGAAUGUUGCGUGUAUUUAUUUUGUACAUAUUUUUUGUACUGUUGAUGAAGAAUAGAGAUAAAAUUUGCCCACGAUUCUCUGUGGCAGCAAGAGAUUGAUAAGCAAACACGCAUGUACCUACACAUGCUUUAUUCUUCAUUGUGUUGCCCAAAGUGCCCUUUUUUUUUUUUUGAGAAAACAUAAAAUUGCCCAAUUCGUCCAUCUGUUUUGACCUAAAGAACCACAUCUAUGUUAUGAUUUUGUUUUUAAUUGCCAAGAGGAUUUGAAGGCAGCAGUAGAAUAACCCCCCCCCCCCAAAGCACUCACUUUGGCUUAGACCCUAAUUUGUAUUAUACACAAAUAUUAAAAGUCCUACAAUAUUAUCAUAAUACAGUAUACAUGUGCUCAUAGCUGUCUGAAUGUAUGACCCACAACUGUUCUAAAUGUUUUACAUAUGAUAUAAAGAGUUAAUAUCUGAUUCUUUCUUCCUUUACAUAAUGAACUUCCGGUCAGUUUGGUCAGAAUGUAUCAGUCAUUUAAUACUUCAUAUAUGCUCCAGGUUUUUUCAUUAGUUGCCCACAAUAUAAAUUCAGAAAUGGGUAUUAUUGAACACUCCGAAGCCAUACCAGUUUUAAUAUUACUAUCAUGAGAUUUAAGACUUUGUUUUUUCUGUGCAUUCCCUGUUUUUAACAUGUCAUCACAAGCCCUGCUUUUGUUGAAUGAUUUUUAGUUACGAUACUGGUGCUUUGUAUGUUAAUCAUGUUAGGAUAUAAUGUUACAUAUAAAGCGUCAUUUUACAGCCAAAACAACAUACAGUUUAGGAUUGUCCAUCAGGAUCAACUUCGGGUUCUUACGUAUGAAACAUGUGAACUUCUGUUACCAGCCCAUAGCUAUAACCACUAGGUUUCCCCAACCUCUUAUACAAAUGAGCAAUUGAAAUAAGCAGAAUGCAUAGAUAAAUCAUGCAGAAGGGGUGGGUUUCUUUUUCAGUAAAACGUCAAAAUUGGUUUGUGUAUUUGUUUGUGUGUGUGUGUGUGUGUACGUGCGUGUAUAUAUGUUUGUUGUGCCUGAGAAUUUAUGUAUAUAUUCUGUUUGUAUAGCAUCACAUACAUUUAAUCCAUUAGCAGAUACACUAUGUAAGACUAGAAAGAAUUUUAUAUAUAAAACAUUGUUAUUUAUCUAUAAUAAAAAACAUAUAAUUUAUUUGUUUUCUUAAAUGGAGCAGUUACUGUGUUCAAAAUCAACUCAUGGUAAAAAUUUCUUAUUGCUUUGUUAUGAAAAAUGUGUGAAUUUUACCACAAUUAUUAUUCAUAAUAAACAAUCCUCAAAUCAGA